AUGGCCUAUAAACAAACAAACCCUCUCCCCACCCCCGAGACUGACGAUGCCGUCCUCUCCAUUGCGGCCUUUGAGACCGGGUGGAUGCAGAUAGAAGCAUCAACAGCCAUUGCUGGUCUCACAGGCAAAAAUUACGCCACCUCGUGGAGAUUUUUCAUCCAGCAUGCACCCUCUAAUACUAAAUUUUGGUUUGAUUUGGGGGUUGCUCAUGACUUAUCUUUGUAUCCACCUCGAAUCCAAAGAGUCCAGCACAAAGUCUUCAGUACGAUCCCCGCCAAGCGAGACCCUGCGCAGGACGUCAUUUCUGUGGGUGCAGAUCCCAAAGAUGUCAAAUACAUUGUCGCUAGUCAUGGCCAUUGGGAUCACAUCUUCCCCGUCGGCAAUUUCUUCCCCAACGCCAAAGUGCUGUGCGGUCACGGUACUCUAGACUGGGCAUCAAAAUCCUGGCCUGCAGAAGCUGACAGCACCUUUGACGGCCGAAUUUGGCAUAAAGAGAAUUCCGAGCUGCCAGUCGAGGAAUUACCAUCCCCGGAGGUGGCCCCCGAGAAGUGGCAGCCUCUGGGACCUUUCAAGAAAGCAUACAAUUUCUUUGGUGACGGUAGUUUCUGGCUUAUUGACGCCCCAGGACAUUGUCCUGGAAACUUGGCCGCGCUGGCACGCGUCAAACGAAAGGAUGGAAAAGUCAAGUGGGCAUUUCUAGGGGGCGAUUGUUUUCAUUCUAUGCAUUUUGUUGAUUAUCCGGAGGCACCGUUUGGUAAAGGGGUAAAGGUUACCCCGACAGACACCUAUCAUGAAGAUGAAGAGGAGGCAAGAGAAAUAAUUAGGCAAACUGCGGAGUUGAAGAAGGGUGAAGGUGAAAAUGCCUUGAUUUGGAUUGCACAUUCGUCUACUUUGGAGGAUAUUUGGAGCUUCUAA